UCUCUCGUUACCACUUUGAAUGCAUAUGCUGUAACGGAGGGAUCUCCGCACUUUGCAAACUGCGUAAUAAAACUGAGAGCACUGUCUACAGUCGUCUCUCUCUGUGUGUGUUGUUUGCUGCAUCGACUUGCUCGGGGAGUGGAAAAAGUUACCACUCAACACUCAGAAAUUUGGAAAAAAGAAGGUAACGUGUUUAUAUAUCGUAUCUAGCCAAUCUUAUCUUUUUUUUUUUUUUUUUUCCGUCAACAAAGUGCAAAGCUCAAAGUGUCACCAAAGUAAAGCCACAGGAGGAAUUUAUUCAGAUUUCUAGUGUACUGAACCCUGUGCCAUACGCCUGGAGGUGCCGCUGCAUCAGUGCACUGGCAGGGGGUUUACCGGUGCGCAGCUCCUUGAGGGUCUCCUAAGGCUUGCUCUGACAUUCCUCUGUCAGUGGCUGCGGUGGACGCACGGGUCCUUGCCGGGAUAUGAGUUGGUUAGAUAUUCUUUGGCACCCAGUCUGGGCGGUUUCCACAGCCCUGCUGGCAGUCGUCGUGCGCCUACAGCGGAGAGGGCACUGGGACCCACGAGCCUGCGAAACGCAGCUGAGAGGGAAGACUGCUAUAGUGACAGGAGCCAACACAGGGAUUGGAAAGUUCAUUGCCCUAGACUUUGCAAGACGAGGGGCCCGUGUUAUCCUGGCCUGUCGAAGCGAGGCGCGGGGGACAGCAGCACUUAAAGAGAUCAGGGAGAAGACAGGAAACUCUGACGUCCACCUGCAUCUGGUAGACCUAUCUUCUCUGAAAUCCGUGAGGGAAUUUGCUAAGCGGAUUCUUGAGGAGGAGAAAGCUCUCCACAUCCUUGUCAACAAUGCUGGAGUAUCAGGUUUACCCAGGAAGAUAACCAACGAUGGUUUUGAGAUUUCUUUUGCCACCAACCACCUGGGGCCAUUUCAUCUGACCAACCUGCUGCUGGAUCUGAUGAAGUCUUCAGCUCCGGCACGUAUUGUCACCCUUUCUUCAGUAAACCAUAAGAAGGGUCAAGUGGACUUUUCUCAUUUUAAGGGGGAGAACCUCACUUAUUUCAUGGAUACAGUCUACAACCACACUAAGCUUCACAAUAUCAUCUGUACCAAUGAGCUAGCAUGCAGGUUGAACGGGACAGGUGUCACUGCAAACUCUGUCCACCCUGGCAUUGUCGUGACAGAAGUGUUGAGACACUAUCCGUUUUCAAUGCGUUGUCUUUUCAACCUCAUUGGAUUUUUCUUCUUCAAGUCUCCAGAGGAAGGUGCAGUCAGCUCAAUCUACUGUGCAGUGGCAGAGGAAACCGAGGGGAUAACCGGGAAGUAUUUUGACAGCGACUGCUCCCUCGUUCUUCCUGCCCCUUUAGCACGAGACGCUGCCCUCGCGGUCAAGGACUUUGAGAUAUGUGAGAGACUGACAUCAAAGCUCUGAAACAACUAUCAGGCAAACGGAGGCUUGAUAACAGAAAAGGGGCCGCAUUUCACCCUCUUACUGCACGUCUUGAGUGAAGGACCUCUGAUAUGUGGGGGAAUAUGUGUCUUUAAAAUCAGCAAGGAAAUAUUCUGAAUAUCAGGGAAGCACAAAUGAAUCAUGAAUCAUGAAAUUUUUGUGUAAAAACCAUAUACAAUUAUUGGAUAUUCAUGUUGCAUGUUGAUUAUGACCACUCUGUGUUUCGCACCGAAAAUUACGAAGCUUUGUCACUUCUCCUUGCAAAUUGUUACUUAAAAUCACUUAAUAUUAAAAGGUAAUUUUCAGAGCAGGAGUCAUCUUGUCUGAGUGAUUGUCAGUCAGGGAAAUGGUGAUUAUGGUUUCUUCUCUUCUCCGAUGAUAAAGUUUCUUGAGAAAGAUGCUGACGUCGCCCAAAGUGACAUGCUUCUUAAAGAUUGGAGGCUCCAACUCGUGACAUAA